UCGAAAAUUGCGGAAAAUACCUAAAGAAAAUAUUGAGUAUUUAAUGGUUAAAGAUUGUCGAAGAGAUUAUACAGUCAAAUCAGCCUCUUUAGCUCAAUUUUUACAAUUAGAAUUAAAUUCAACUCUUUUCCUUGUAUUUUCUCGUAUUCACUUUCCUUUUGAAGAAUCGGUUGAUUUUAAUACUUUAAAGCCUCAACUUGUUCAAACUGCUCAAAUUUUGAAAUGUUUAAGAUUGGUUUGA